AUGGCCAGCCAACCUCCCAUUCUGGACGAGUUCCUCGGCGGCAUAGCUGUCCAGAUUCAGAACCGCGACGGCGCCAAACUGCAGGACCUCUUACAGAUUGAGCCUCCGCUCUCGGAAGCCUACCAGCGCUUGAUCCAGGAGCUCCGACAACGAUAUCCGCCAGGUCCUCAGAGCGAUUCGGAUCUCUUACAACGAUGCGAGGCAUUGAUACCGCGCACCAAGGGUGGUUCGUCAUGGACAGCCUUUCCGACCUUUAUGAAGCUCUAUUUCACCUUCCUCCGCGAUGUUAAUACCGAUAACCUCCUUGAUACAUACAAUCAGCUCAAGGCGCUGCUUAAUCAAUGCGUUUUAGCCCUUGGCGACAGCCAAAUGGGUGUCGUCGUCCUCCCUACCGUUCUCUACCUGUCGAAAGUGUUGGCAAAGCUAGCAAUGGGAUUAGACCGCCGGCCGGAACUAAUCGCGCACAUCUUGCGCAUGGAAGGGUCCAUGGAUAAUGAUGAAAGUAUCGAAAAAGUGACAUUGGUGGAGCAAUCGGCAAACGUGGUGCGCGAGGCCUUCAUCAAGUGCUUGACAGAUCGCACUGGUACUCCAGGCCCACAGGGGAAGCCCGAAGGAAAGCGCGUUGGGAUUUACCUCAUGGCCAACCUGUGCCUCAAGCUCCUUUUUCAGUGCGGCAAGCUGCGAAAUGCCGAACAAAUGUUCGCCAGCAUCACUGCCCAGUCUCCCCCUUUAGCCCAUUUCCCUGCCUCACAGCGUGUGACAUACCUCUACUACCUUGGCCGUUACUUAUUCUCCAACAACCUUUUCUAUCCCGCCCUCAUUGCCCUUCAGGCCGCAUAUGACCAAUGUCACCGCCAAGCAAUCAGCCAACGACACUUGAUUCUCGCUUAUUUGAUCCCAUGCAACAUAAUCAUGGGUCGAUUCCCAUCUCGGAAACUACUACAACGGCCCGAGGCAAAUGGGCUGACCGACAAAUUCGAGCAGUUGUGCAGAUUGAUUGUUCGCGGAGAUUACAUCGCUUUCCGAGAGUAUCUCUCCCCGAGCUCGCCCGCUGCCGAGUGGUUUGCCCGUAAGGGAAUCUUGCUUACGAUCCGCAACCGAUGUGAGAUCAUGGUGUGGCGAUCAUUCUGCCGGAAAGUGUUUAUUCACAGUGGAUUUCAUGGGGACCCGCAGGCGCAGGCGCAGCGUGGCCCCCCGCCUUAUCUUUACCUCGAGAAAUUGACUGUAGCCACCCGAUGGCUCCAGUCUCAGCAUCGCCAGGCCCAGCUGUCGAACGGAGUCAAUCAUGCGACACCUGACUUCCAUUUCUACGGGUCUCAGGUUAUUCCCGAGCCAAUUGAUCCCGACUUCAAGGGCCUCGAUGGCUCGGAGAUACCGACGGCACAGCAGUUGUUAGAGAAAUUUGGCGAUUAUCUCGCGCCGGACGGAUUCUUCGAUGAAGGAGGCCAUUGGCACGAGAACAUGCCUGGUCGGUUGAUCGACGGGAAUCCAGGCGCUGAUUAUGAUGCGUUUGAACUGGAUCCCUACGCCGAGGCCACGGAAGACGGCCCAGAAGCAGACAAACAGUCUCUGCUUAUGGAUGAGGUCGAAUCUAUUCUUGCCUCACUUCUUACCCAAGGACUUAUGCGCGGUUAUCUAACUCAUCGAAACCCCCGUUUUGCUAUUCCUGGGGCUCGAGUACGGGGUGCGCUACCGACCGGCUUCCCCAACAUUUGGGAGACGAUCUUCGCUCGCGAGAAAGACGAUGAUAGUGUUCCGGGGUGGGUGCGGCCUCCGCCACCAGGGGCAUUGGGCGCCGCUGGAGGUGGCCGAGUGGUGAAUUUGUCAGGAGCACGACCGGUUGGUGUGCAAUAA